AUGGAGAAGAAAACAGCAGCGACAGGAGACCGUCCUCAAGAGCAGCCGCAGCAGCAAGGUCUGGAUGACCGGCCGUCAAUUCAACAUCAAUCAGAGUCCUCUCUCCCUCCUCCGCUCCGGGAGUCGGUCACAAAUGUUCCUGUCACUCCUGACAUCGGCCCCCAGCCUUACGACCCGGGUGAGGCAGCUAAGAAGGGGCGCAAGGACAUGAGCAGCGCAAGUGAUCCUCUGCAAGCUCAGCACGGCAUUCCUUCUUUGGCUGGUUCAAGUGCCCCAGCUCCUCAGAGUCCGAGCCAGGCUCCACAGCUCCCUGCUGGUGUCGAGUCGGAUGAUGAUAUCCUGCAGCGCACGAGCCUGGGAGCUGCAGGUGAUACCGAGUCCCUCUCAGAGAUUAUGGCCGCCAACCAGAGCCUUGCAUUGAGUGGGAAUAUUAUUUCUGCUACUUUCAACAUUCCUCACUCGCUCAAGUAUCACAAGGGAGCCGAUUGGGAACUGAAGCCUCGCCGCGGUCAAUCCGCCCUCUUCGACUCUUUCUCCUACCUUUCCUCCGACGAUACCCCCUGGAACCACACGGUUGUUGCUUGGACCGGCGAGAUCGAGGAGGUACCGGAUCUCCCGUCACCGCCGAAGACGCCUCCUUCCACAACUCUCGGGCUCUCCUCCCUCAAUGUGCUCUCCGCACCAGUCCCAAUCGAUGGCGUGCGCCCGGCCCCCUCCACCCCCCAUGUCGACGGAUUGUGGAUUCCCCGAGAGGACCAGCAGCGGCUGGAGCACCAACUGGCAAAUGAUAAGAGAAUCAGGAUGGUUCCCGUCUGGCUGGCGGACGACGAGGAGGGCCCACCCGGAGUGACCCUCAGGGACCAGACGAGAUGGAGGCGGUAUGCCGAGCACGAGCUCUAUACGCUCCUCCACUACAAGCAACACGAGCCGACGGACGGCCGCAAGGAACGAACACAGUGGGCCGACUACUACCGGAUGAACCAAAAGUUUGCCAAUAAGAUCCUCGAAGUCUACAAACCAGGCGACAUCGUCAUUGUCCACGACUACUACCUGAUGCUGCUCCCCAGCAUGCUCCGCCAGCGGGCGCCCCACAUGUACAUAGCCUUCUUCCUACACUCGCCUUUCCCCAGCAGCGAAUUCCUGCGCUGCCUGUCGCGCCGUAAGGAGAUCCUCGAGGGCGUGUUGGGAUCGACGCUAGUGGGGUUCCAGAGCUACAGCUACUCUCGCCACUUCUCCAGCUGCUGCACGCGAGUCCUGGGCUUCCCGUCAGACGCGACGGGCGUGGACUCGUACGGCACUCGGGUCCAGGUCGGUGUCUUUCCCAUCGGCAUCGACGCCACAAAGGUCGAGAAACUGGCAUACAGCGACGAGGUCAACGAGAAGGCCGAGGCACUCAAGAAGCUGUACAGCGGCCUCAAGGUCAUCGUGGGCCGCGACCGGUUGGAUAGUGUUCGAGGUGUUGCCCAGAAGCUCGAGGCAUUUGAGCGCUUCUUGGAGAGGUACCCCGAAUGGCGCGAGAAGGUGGUCCUGAUCCAGGUCACCUCGCCCACGAGCAUAGAGGCAGAGCAGGAAGAUCCGGACAACAAGAUUGCCAGCCGCGUCAAUGAGCUCGUCAUGAAGAUCAACGGCAUGUAUGGCUCUCUCGGCUUCUCGCCCGUGCAGCACUAUCCGCAGUACCUCAACCAGACCGAGUAUUUCGCGCUCCUUCGGGCUGGCGAUAUCGGCCUUAUAACGUCUGUCCGAGACGGCAUGAACACGACCUCGCUCGAGUACAUCAUUUGCCAGCGCGAGGCCGCGGGGCCCCUGAUACUCUCGGAAUUCAGCGGGACGGCCGGCUCCCUCAAGGACGCAAUCCAUAUCAACCCCUGGGAUCUGUCCGGCGUGGCGGCUCAGAUCAAUAACGCCCUGACGAUGUCGGACGAGGCGCGCCACGCCAUGCAGCGGAACCUGAAUGCCCACGUCACGACGCGCAACGUCAAGGUCUGGAUCUCGGCCUUUGUGCGCCGUCUAAUCCAGGUCCUCGGAAAUAGCAGCAACAUCGUUGCGACGCCGCUCCUCGAUCGUGCAGCCAUGCUCCGGCAGUACCGUGCUGCAGAGAAGCGUCUCUUCAUGUUCGACUACGACGGUACCUUGACGCCGAUCGUGCGGGAGCCUAGUGCGGCCAUCCCCUCGGAGCGAGUCAUCCACACGCUUAAGACCCUAGCGGCUGACCAUCGCAACGCCGUCUGGAUCAUCUCGGGACGCGACCAGGAGUUCCUGAACCAGCAUCUUGGCCAUAUCAGAGAGCUGGGUUUCAGUGCCGAGCAUGGCAGCUUCCUACGCGAGCCCGGGAGCACUGAGUGGGAGAACCUCGUGGAGAAACUCGACCUGAACUGGCAAUCCGAGGUGAUGGAUGUGUUCCAGAAGUACACGGACAAGGUCCCUGGCUCGUUUAUCGAACGCAAGCGAUGCGCCUUGACCUGGCAUUACCGUCUUGCCGAUCCCGAGCAGGGUCUCCACAUGUCGCGCGAAUGCCAGACAGAACUGGAGCGGAAUGUCACUCGGAAAUGGGGCGUCGAUGUCAUGACGGGUAAGGCCAACCUCGAGGUCCGCCCCACAUUCAUCAACAAGGGCGAGAUUGUCAAGAGACUCAUGGCCACCUAUUUGUCGGACAUGGAGCAGGCGGCCGGCUCUCCAACCCGGGGAGAUAGCACCACCACUAAGGGGGCCGGAUUCGCCCUCUGUAUGGGCGACGAUUUCACGGACGAGGACAUGUUCCGCGCCCUCAACGGGCUCUCGACGCCGUCGGACAGCCCAUCCGCCAUCGAUGCCGAGGCGUGCUUCACCGUCACCGUGGGUGCCAGUACGAAGGUUACCCUGGCGAGGUGGCACCUCCUCGAGCCCGAGGACGUCGUCGAGUGCGUGGCCCUCCUGGCCAACGUCGGAAGCGGCGGUGGCGGCGCUGUGAGUGGCGGCGUGCUAAGCAUGGGCGAGGUCAACCUCGGGGCCUUGAGCGCCGUCGAGGGCCACAUUCCGAAGUGA